AUUUUAUAAGGGAUAGUCGUUGAUACAAGUAUAAUGUUGCUCUAUUUGUUUCUAGCUACAAUAUUAUCGGGCCAAUAUAUCAGUGGUCAAUUCGGGCCGUUCGAGCAGGACUUCGGUUACGUGACAGUGCGAGAUGGCGCACACAUGUUCUACUGGCUUUUCUACACGACAGCUGAGGUGGAAAAUUACACCGACAGACCCCUGAUAGUGUGGCUGCAAGGCGGUCCCGGCGGAUCCUCCACGGGCAUCGGUAACUUCGAUAUUAUGGGGCCUCUCGACUUGAAUCUGGAACCUAGGAACUAUACUUGGGUAAAGAAUUUCAACGUUAUGUAUCUGGACAACCCGGUGGGAAGUGGCUUCAGCUAUGUAGACGAUCCUAGUCAUUUAACCACCACCAACGACCAAAUCGCUCUGGACUUCGUAAGUCUGAUGAAAGGCUUCCUGGAGAAGCACCCGGAGUUCCAGGGUGUCCCGCUGUAUAUCUACGGACAGUCUUAUGGAGGAAAGAUGGCGGUGGACAUGGCUAUCCGACUGCGAGAGGCAGAGGAAGCGGGAGACAUCCAAUCAGACCUUCGUGGUAUAGCUAUGGGUAACGCCUGGAUAUCGCCAGUCGACGCCACGCUCACCUGGGGCCCACUACUCCUGGCCGCUGGACUCGUCGACGAAGCUGGUUAUGAAAGCAUUCAAGCCGCAGCAAGAGAAGCGGAGAGACUCUUCAAUGAUGGACAAUACCUCGCAUCCACUAACGCAUGGUCGGCUACGCAACGCGCGGUGUUCAGUGCGACAACUAAUGUCGACUUUUAUGAUAUCACCACUAAAAUGCCCGCCUGGCCAGAUACCAGAAGCGACGAUGCAAUGGAAAUAAUGCUUCGAGAUGGGAUUACGAGAGAACAGGAGCUGAGUCUGAACACUAUAAUGAACACACUGGUGAAGCCUGCUCUGAACAUCCCCGACCACGUGGUGUGGACGGCUUCAAACAACCAGGUGUUCACCACGCUCAAUGCGGACUUCAUGAAGCCUGUCACAGAUGGAAUUGAGAAGUUACUAAACGAAACGGACAUCAUCCUGACGAAAUACAAUGGAAACCUCGACCUUAUUUGCAGCACCCCAGGACAAAUGCUGUGGGUGGACCGGCUGAAGUGGGACGGGGCGGAGGCGUACAGGAACGCACCUCGGCUGCCCAUCUGGGAGGACGACCGUCUGGAGGGGUACUACAAGGCCUACGGAAAUUUCAGGUUCUUCUGGAUCAAUGUCGCUGGACAUAGUGUUCCAAGAGACAACCCAGCCGGAGCAAACGCUUUUCUACGAGAUAUGACUGGGUUUCCUUAGACACACUGUUCUCUUCUAAACUUAAUUACUUACAUAACAUAACAUAACAUAAACUGCCUAUAUACGUCCCACUGCUGGGCACAGGCCUCCCCUCAAUCAACCGGAGGGGGUAUGGAGCAUACUCCACCACGCUGCUCCACUGCGGGUUGAUGGAGGUGUUUUUACGGCUAAUAGCCGGGACCAACGGCUUAACGUGCCCUCCGAAACACGGAAUCAUCUUACUUUUUCGGACAAUCAGGUGAUUCAAGCCUGAAAAGUCCUUACCAAACAAAGGACAGUCUCACAAAGUGAUUUCGACAAUGCCCCCAUCGGGAAUCGAACCCGGACCUCCAGAUCGUGAGCCUAACGCUCUAACCACUAGACCACGGAGGCUGUUAAAUUACUUAUAUUUUAUUAUGAUAUAUUCAAUUAAACAAAGACUAUAAUC